GAAAAAUACAUGAAAAGGAGAGUUGAAAAUGCUGACCUGGCUCCCAACACAAGCUAUCGUCUCCUUACAAACAGCGCCGAGCUGCCGGACCAACUUCAUAUGCUCUGGACGACAUGUAUCCAGACGGCCGCUGAUUGAAGAUUUGGUUAGCAGAGGCUCGCAGUACCUCGCAUAACUCCAGUACCACACUUUAUAGCGAGGCACGAUGCUUGGAUUUUGCAGAGAUGGGAAACCGUUCGUCUUGAUAUUGUUAAAUGCCUUGGUUGUUUCAAAAGGAGCCGCGGAAGAGAACGUUUUUACAAACCAUCUCUUGGUUCAGUUGCAUGAAGGUACGAAUGAUGAAGCACAACAGCUUGCAAUGGAGCACGGGUUUGACAGCGCCCGAAAGCUGUCGUUUGGAGACAGACUUUUUCACUUCUACCCUGGAGAAGAUCCCCAAGCCAGGCAGAGACGCAGCCUCAAGCGUUGGCAAAGCCUGGAGAAGCACUACAUGGUGAAAAAAGUGACCCACCAAGAGGGGUUCAGCAGGAAGAAGAGAGGCUACCGAAAUAUCGAUGAUAUCACCGUCAAUAUGAAUGACCCCUUAUUCACCAAGCAGUGGUAUCUUAUAAACACGGGGCAGGCAGACGGCACCCCUGCGCUGGAUCUCAACGUGGCCCAGGCGUGGGAGCUGGGGUUCACCGGGAAAGGAGUAACCAUAGCGAUCAUGGAUGACGGAAUUGACUAUUUGCACCCAGAUCUUGCUGCAAAUUACAACGCAGAAGCCAGUUUUGACUUCAGCAGCAACGACCCCUAUCCGUAUCCCCGCUACACGGACGACUGGUUUAACAGUCACGGAACCAGGUGUGCUGGUGAGGUUUCCGCGGUAGCGAACAACAACAUCUGCGGUGUGGGAGUGGCUUACAACUCCAAGGUGGCAGGCAUUCGGAUGCUCGAUCAGCCUUUCAUGACGGACAUCAUCGAGGCCUCGUCCAUCAGCCACAUGCCGCAAGCCAUCGACAUCUACAGCGCCAGCUGGGGUCCCACGGACGACGGCCGGACGGUGGACGGCCCCCGAGAGCUCACGCUCCAGGCCAUGGCAGACGGGGUCAAUAAGGGCCGAGGAGGCAGGGGGAGCAUCUACGUGUGGGCUUCGGGGGACGGGGGGAGCUUCGACGACUGCAACUGCGACGGCUACGCCUCCAGCAUGUGGACCAUCUCCAUCAACUCUGCCAUCAACGACGGACGCACCGCCCUGUACGACGAGAGCUGCUCGUCCACGCUGGCCUCCACCUUCAGCAACGGCAGGAAGAGGAAGCCCGAGGCGGGCGUGGCGACCACAGAUCUGUAUGGGAACUGCACACUGCGACACUCUGGGACCUCGGCGGCCGCACCAGAGGCAGCUGGAGUAUUCGCCCUGGCACUGGAAGCUAACCCCAGCCUGACGUGGCGGGACGUCCAGCACCUGACGGUCCUCACCUCCAAGCGGAACCAGCUGCACGACGAGGUGCACCAGUGGCGGCGGAACGGCGUGGGCCUGGAGUUCAACCACCUGUUCGGCUACGGCGUGCUGGACGCCGGCGGUAUGGUCAACAUGGCGCUGGAAUGGAAGACCGUGCCGGAGCGGUUCCACUGCGUCGCCGGCUCCGUUCAGGAAGUGCAUAAGAUUCAGUCAGGCCACAAGCUGUUGCUUUCCAUCACCACCGAUGCCUGCCACGGCAAGGACAACUUUGUGCGCUACCUGGAGCACGUGCAAGCCGUCGUCACCGUCAACGCCAGUCGCCGCGGCGACCUCAGCAUCAACAUGACCUCGCCCAUGGGCACCAAGUCCAUGCUGCUGGGCCGGCGUCCCCGCGACGACGACGCCAAGGUGGGAUUCGACAAGUGGCCCUUCAUGACCACCCACACCUGGGGCGAGGACCCCAGGGGCCCCUGGCUCCUGGAGGUGGCCUUUGAGGGCGACGCCCCGCAGAGGGGGGUGCUGAAGGAGUGGACGCUGAUGCUCCACGGGACGCAGAGCGCCCCCUACAUAGACCAAAUGGUACACGGCUACCAGCCCAAACUGGCCAUGUCCAAAAAGGAGGAGUUGGAGCAGGAGCUGGACGAGGCGCUGGAGAGGAGCUUGAAGAGCCUGCUGAGUGAAAGCUAAAGGCUUUGCAUGUUGUCGGGUUUUCAUCUUUUACCUACACCUCCUCUCCCAACCGCGCACUGCCGUACCUCUUUAAAGGGCCAGGAAAUUGAUUGUCUCAAUGCUUAUUUCAAGUUUUUAACCCAUUUAUAAUUGUUAAAUAGUAAAUAAAGCUACUAUAUUAUUGUGACCUAUUCUGCAGAUAAGGACAAGACGCGCGUGUAUCCUCCGCUCAUUAAUAUUCAUAUCCGUAAGACGCUGCAUAUGUAAACCAUUCCUCUUCGCUAGGUUAGAGCAGGUUGUCCAGUUUGGUAACGUUAGACUACCUGACAACACGAAAUAAAGCAACACAAGCUAGGCAAUACCAUUGCCUAGUUAAACCUGCAGAUCAUUCAAUGUGUAAUAAUGUUGAGCUACUGUAUACUAACAUUAGACUUGACAGCGGUCUCAAAUUCUGGACAUUACACCUGUAUAAACAAAGGAUUUAUUUCCACAUAUCUAAGCUUGAAAACUGUUUAAUUAGCUAAUGGUGGGGCAACUUACCGAUCAAUCAAGAGUGUCACUGGCAGCAACAGGAGGGCGGGAGGGAGGGAAGGCACUGUGCUGGCUUUUUAGCAAAGCCACAUGGUUUGUUGUUGAUAGUUGGUGAAGUCCUCCCGGCUAAAGUGGGAACUACAAAUAUUAACUGUUGGAGUUAUUGCAGUAUUACAGUGCCCGUAGGCCUCCCGAAAUGAAACCUGUGUCUUGUGGGUCGCUCCAUUUUUUGGAAAUGAAAGAAGUGCAUUGGUUUUUCUGUAUCCAGAGAAGGCACAAUUUAGAACAGAGCUUGCCCACACAAAAGUGGGAAGGGCAUCAUUUGCAUAUUACAAGUAGAAAGGAUUUCACCUGUCAUAGCCUUUCAGUUACAUAUAUUUCACCCAGCUCACCCCACCCACUGAAAGCCUGGCAUUUAGCCAAGGGGGAAAGCAAGCCAAGCUCAUCACAGGCUUUUCUGUUUUUUUCCUUGGACAAAUCAUUUUUAAAAUACUUCUGGGUCAUUUGUGAAUGCAAAACAAGCAUUAAGAAAACAAAUCAGCAAAGAUUUCAGUUUCCUGGAACUUUAACCCUCUCCCAACUUCCCAACCUGUAUUUUGAGCUCUUUCCUGUUGUCACUGUCCCUUCUUUGAUGAAUGCUUCCUGUUAUCAUUUUAAAAUGUAAUCCCACCCCCUCAAAAAAAGAUAAUAUGCAGUAUCCAAUUAAAGGAACAAUGGGGUUUUCUUAUUAUUUCUUAUAAUUUGUACACUUUAUGGAAUCUACAGCAUAUGGAAUAUAUCAGCUCUGUUAUGUUGUUGCUUUUUGAGCCUGCUGCUACAAAAUGGAACCUGCUGACCAGACCGUGCCUGUAAAUGAUUGUGUCAGUCUACUUAAAGUUUAAUAUUCGCAAA